AUGGAGGCUUAUUCCGAGGGUGGGGUGGUGGACAUGGUCAUGGAGCUUUGCAAGGGAAACUUGCAGGAGUUCAUUGCUGACAAUGUCGCAAGGCUUCCGAACUACCACAGGGUCUACAUCCCGCCCGAAGCCACAACGAUUGCGAUGGUCAUGCAGAAGCUCUUGGAAACUGUCCUGUUCCUUCACGAAAAGCGCGUUGCACAUCGGGACAUCAAGCCUGAGAACGUGCUGAAGUCCUCAAGCGGCCGUUGGAAACUGGCGGAUUUCAACCUCGCGACCAGCUUUGAACCGAAGCGCUUCAUGAGAGAUAAUGUGGGCACCCUGCCUUUCCAGGCGCCUGAGGUGCCACAAAGGAAAUACACGGAGAAGUGCGACAUCCACAGCAUGGGAGUUCUCUUCAUCAACUUGGUGACGGGAAAGCAUUACUGGCGACCCGAGCAUACCCAGAAUCAGGAGGAUAUCGAAGCGGGGAAAGAGCUGAUGAGUGAAAAGACCUGGAAGGGGAACAAGCUCGGAACUGAUGCUCUGGAUUUUGCGAAGCAAAUGGUUGCUCCGGAGAAUGAACGCUACAGUGCAGAAGAAGCCUUGGGCAAUCCGCGUAUGCCUGGCGCCCAUGACUCUCCCCAAGUCCAUUUCGAGGUGAAGAACCCCUUUCUUGAAGGAGACGAGUUCAUGCAGUUCGUUUGCCUCUACGAGUCUCGGCUGCACGAGCUCUACCGGGCGGAGUUCCUGAAGUAUGAGCGUGGACCAGGAACGAUGUCUGUCGAAAGCCUUCCUCUCUUGCUUUCAGAGCUGGGUCUGGAGCCACGUCGAGUGGUCAUUGAGGAGCUGCUGCAGGAAGUGUGUGGAGCCAAGCCCGGCUCUCUGGAGUUUCGAGAUGUGGCGGCCGUGAUGGAACUCCUGCGUGCGCGGGAAGGUUUCCUGGUGGAGGAACUGGAGCGCUUUCGGGCCGUGUUCCAAGACUUCGAUUCCGACGCCUCCGGGGACAUGUCCGCCGCGGAGCUGGGAAGUGCGUUAUCCUGGCUUGGCUUCCCCUAUACCAAUGAGAAGGUGCAGAGCCUCUACAAGCAAAGCGACAUGAACGGGAAUGGCGUCCUGAGCGAGUCGGAGUUUGUCAUUUGCCUUCGGCAUAUCCAAGAUGCCGAGCUCAGCACCAUCCGACAGGUGCUGCGCCGGUCCCCGAGCGACGGCCACAUUUCCUCGGUGCGGGAGCUUGAGGUGCUCCUGAUGACACUGGGUUACCAAGCUUCUGCUCCAGCCUUGGCCGAUGCCAUGCAGGAAGCGAAGCUUUGCCCUCCGAAGAUGGAUCCCGAACAACUCCAGGUGGUGCCGUAUGCCGCCUGGGGCCGUGCCUGGGGAGAUGCAGUGCAUGGGAGUGCUUCUGUGUAG